AUGGCUAAGCUAGUCCAUAAUGUCCAAAAGAAGCAGCAUCGUGAAAGAUCUCAAAAGGCAAGCAGGAGCAGGUAUGGCUUACUUGAAAAGAAGAAGGACUAUAAACUUAGAGCAGCAGACUACCACAAGAAGCAAGCUGCGUUGAAGGCGUUGAAGGAAAAGGCCAAGACACACAAUCCAGAUGAGUACUACCAUGCGAUGACAAAGAAACGCACCGAUGACAAGGGGAUAUUGAUAGCCGAUAGAGACACCGAAGCGUUAAGUGUCGACCAAGUGAAACUAUUAAAAACACAAGAUGUGAAUUACAUCCGAACCAUGCGCAUGAGCGAGCUCAAUAAAAUCGGAAAACAGCAGUCGGGAAAGAUCUUCCCAGGUCUGGGGAAGCAUACAGUGUUUGUGGACUCUGGUGAAGAACAGGACUCGUUCAAGCCAGAGGAGUAUUUCAACACGGACGAGUCCUUGUUGGAGAAGCGCGAGAAUAGGCUCCGUGCUAGUCUGCUUCACUCCAACACGGGGCUUGUUGGCUCGCAAAACUUUUCCAGCGACCAGAAACAGAGGAUGGAGGAAAAGAAACUUAAACUGUAUAAAGCAUUGCAGAGGCUGAUAGCUAGGGAAAAACAGCUCAAAGAAGUGGAAGAAAUCAUGAACAGGAAUCUAGAGGCGAUGAAGAGCGGGAACAAGAAGAAAAUCACUGGUAAAGAUGGCAAGACCCAUUUCAAAUGGAAAAACGAAAGGAAGCGGUGA